AUGCCAGACGAUUCAAAACAUAAACAAGCAGAUUUGAUACCUUUCAAUGAUAAUAUACCACAAAUGGACAAUUGUUCUUCUUCUCAAACCAACAAACAAAUUGAACUUGCUCAAAAUGUUUCGUACUCUACAUUAAUUGAUAGAUGCCAUGAUUAUCCAUCAGACCCAUAUUUAUUUAUUGAUACUGUGUUAACACCUCAAAUAAUCAGAACUCUUGUUGAAAUAGGGCCUUGUCAACCUGGUUUUAAUAGUAAUAAUUAUGUUUUUGAAGAAAAUGAGUGUGGCGAAAAAUGUUCUCCCAACUGGUAUAACAAAAAUGUUAAAUCAGGAAUGAGCUGUAAAAGAAAUUGGUUAGUAUUUUCCCCAAAAGCUAACAAAAUGUUUUGUUUUCCUUGCUUUUUGUUUCGAUCUGUAUCUCAGCAUAGUUAUCAAUGGUCUAAUCCUAAUAGAGGUGUUUCUAAUUUCCGCAAAGGAAAUGAAAAAAUUAUUAAACAUGAAAAAUCCAAGGACCACAGAGAUGCAGAAAAUGAAUAUUUAAUUUUAAAAAGCAGAAUUUUAAAAUACAUUACAAUCCAACAAAAUUUAUUGAAAGUUCAAAAGUCUCAAAUAGAAUUUAAUCGAAGUGUGUUAAAACGAUUAAUUGAUCUAUAUUCCUUUCAACAAAUGGUCUUCCAUUUCAAGGACACAGAGAGGACAUUAAUCAGGAUACACAAAGUAAAGGACUUUUUAUUGAAAUAG